GCAAAGCCCUGUCAGGUAUUUGUAAAAAAGAUCGUUUCCUCAUUUUGAAUUAUUAUAACUUUGAUAUCAGCGCUGUUGUAGCAUUUUUAAUAAUCAUUUUUCACCCAAUUACGAAGUAAAAAUGCUUUCUGAGAAUUUCUUCAACAAUUCUUCAGUUAUUUACCAACUACAAAAAAAUAUUCGACAAGUCUUACUUGAACUUUGAGGGCCAUUGAUGCAAUCGACUUAUAAUUGCAAAUUAGCUCUCAAUUGCAUAACUUACAGCUCUAAUUGCUUUCCCUUUGUCAUAAAUGAUCGCGCAUGUUUUUUGACGUUAUUUUUACUUCAAAAAAUUGAUUUCAAAUAUUUCUGCGACAUUUGAGAACGUUUUAUCCGAAUUUAGACCGACAGAACUCUGAUCAGUUACGAUACUUGCACUUGUUUGCAAUAUAAUUACAUUUUAGAUCAAAUCACAAACUUAGUGCUAAGGUCAGUUUAAAUUUAACCCAUUCUUCUUUAUCAAAAUACACAGCUAGAUGAAGGUUUGUCUGAUAUAACUAUCAAUUAUCAUUUAGUUAAUCAAUUUUUGUCAACAUUACUUUCUUAUUUAUUAUUUCUCGGUAACUUUCGCAUUCCAAUAAUUUUCGACCAAUUGUUGCAAAUAGUCAUUAAAAAUGUCCGUUCAACAGAAUUCAACUAGCAUUCCAAAUUUUGCUCUAAGUGUAGCAAACAUCACUUGUUUUCUUAUAAACAACACUCUAUUGCAAAGUCCUUCCGAAAACACGACUUCUGUUCUAAGCGACACUGACAUGUCUUCGGGGUCAAACUGUUCCAUGUCUGGUGUCAUUGGUGAUGAGAUGACAGGUCACGUGAUAACGGAGGGGGGAGGGGCCAGUGAUGUACAUCCGGCACAUGUUCUCAUGGGACCAGUGUACUCAAUCUUGAGUGUUUUGGGCAUUGCUGGAAACCUAACAGUUCUCUGCUACUUCCUGCGGGGUUCCAAGCUAGUGGGGGGACUGGGUCGAUGCAAGAACUCUUCCUCCUCCUCGUCUUCAUCCUCCUCCCCCUCCCUAGCACCCACUGAGCUGUGCGGGGCAAUCAACAUCUGCAUGGUGGCUAUUUCGGACCUGCUCAUGUCUCUUCUGGCCGCCUACUAUGCCGCUGGACAGUUCAUGGGCAAUCCGGACUUCCUCGGAACCAUCUCUUGCAA